AUGGCACCAAGAGGACAGCGUACAUACUCUCUUCAAUACUUCCUUAUCCCCACUAUUGGGCUUCUGGCAAUCACAUUUAUUACCCUUGUCGUCUUCCGCGAUCAGCUCCUGUCUGCCAUCCGCUCCCUCAGCCUGAUUCAUCCCACCUUUCAAUGCCCAACAACCCCUCCAUUAACCUCCAUGAACCAAAAUCACCAAGAACAUAAUGAGAAGCCAGCCUUUAUCUCUACCAUAUAUGCUGAUAUCACAAUCCUCGAUGAGCUUCCCCUUGCGAACGUCCUCUGGGUAAAUAAGAGCUUCAAUUCGCAGCCUGAAGCAUGGGGAAUCUCCAUGUUCCACGCUCUACACUGCGUGAAAAUGUGGAGAGACUCGCUCAGUCCGGCUACAAUGAUGAACUCACACGUUCAUAGCGAGAGCGAAUAUACCGAGCAUGCAGAGCACUGUAUCAGUUAUCUUACUCAGUCUAUUGUGUGCGCCGCGGAUGGAACAAUUGAGCCGGCGGAAGAUAUUGUGGUAGAGAAUAAGCACGGACGGAGAAUUCACGGAAUGGGCUAUACGCAUCAGUGCAGAGAUACAAGCCUUCUGUUUGAGAUGAAUGGCAAAGAAGUAGGUCUCUGGAAUUGGAAGCAGGGCGAUACGUUGCAUAGUGUCUUUGAAUAG